AGGCAGCGGGGAGUAUGUGGGAGCUGCUGGAGGAGAAAGCGUUAUGUUUUAUGUGAAAUAAAUUAGAAAUACAUGUCGUUUAAAUAGCAUAAUACUAUUUGGUUUGUUAUCGGGGUCGAUUCUUGGGUGUUUUCGUCAAGUGCACGGCUGUUUAACCGGACAGUAUCGCAAGCGAGAGGAGCCCCGGCUUAGUAGUUGGGAUGUUGGCGGCGGAAAACCCAUCAGUGGACGGCCAUUUGGCAGCAUCGACUCCCCGCAGAAGAGGCAUGGAUUGUAAGUCAAGUAACAAUGCCAACAAGAAACUUAUCCAAGCUCGUCUCCAUUCAAGCGCAUGAACCCUGAACCUAAAGAGAACCAGCCUCCUAAACGCCCCUGUACACAUGCCUGCCCCAAACCAGGAGUUCAAGACGGGGACAAUGAAAACGAGAAUGAGUCCUCCGCUCUUCCCAUACACAGCGGACCACCACUGGUUAAUGGUCGCGGGCUUGAUGGCUUCCUGAGCCGUAGGCGCCCAGCACCUUCAGAUGAGAACAUGGUUAUAGAUCUAACUGAGGACAGCGCUUUGUCUCCUGUAAAAUCCCUCCUUUCACCUGCAAAAGACAAGCAUCAGGGAAAAGACAAAACUGCAUCUUCUGGAAAAUCCAGCAACGUUGAUCACAUUCCUAAAACACACACGUCAGACUGCACAGUGGACAGCGAAGAUAAAGAAGAUGGUAAUCAGACAGCGUCGACUUCGCAGCUUGACACAACGCAGGAUUCGGAAAGUGAGCGAGAGGAGCAGGAUGAGUCAGGAAACGUUUCCAGUUUAGGAAACAGGUCCAUGCUGUCAGCUUCAUCUGUCAGCCCUGAAUCUGACAGCUCACCAGAGAAGUCUAAGACUGAUGAUCCUACACCCACGAGUACCCCUACUACUAGAAAAUCUUCAGAGCCAAAGACGACGCCCAAGAUACCGUCGGAUCAGAAAACCAUCAAAAGACGCUCACUAAAGAACGAACAAGAGGAGAGGCUGCGGCUGCGGCAGGAGAAAGAACGCCAGAGGGAAGAAGCUAAAGCAGCGAAAGAGAAGAAGAGAGAAGAGGCUCGUAGGCUAAAGGAUGAGCGAGAACGGGAAAAACGAGAGAAAAAAGAAAAAGAUAAACGGGAGAAAAAGGAGAAGGAGGAGAGGGAAAAAGCAGAGAGGUUAAAAGCAAAAGAGGAACUACGGAAAUCAAAGCAAGAGGCAAAGCUUGAAGAAAAACGGAAGAAGGAAGAGGAGAAGCAAAUGAAGGAAGAAGAAAAACGGUUGAAAGAAGAGAAGGAUCGCCUCAAAGCUGAGAAAGCAGAAAUUACACGUUUUCUGCAGAAACCCAAGGUUCAACAGGCUCCAAAGACACUUGCAGCCGCGUGUGGGAAGUUUGCUCCUUUUGAGAUUAAAGAACACAUGGCUCUGGCGCCACUCUGCCGGGUCCAGUGUGAGGACUCUGUUCUGGAGGAACUGGACCGAUGUUUGAGGAACCCUGCUGAUAACCUGAAUGGACUGAAAGACUGGAUCGGACAGCAACCGCGCAGCUCAGGACCCACCAAACCCAGACAGACAGACCCUCUCAGCGACUGUAUAACAGUAGAGGGGCCUAAACCAGAUGGUGUACCAGAUCGUAAACGUUAUGGACCCAUGAAGCUGCUGCAGUUUCAUGAGAACUACCGUCCAGCGUACUGGGGAACCUGGAGUAAGAAGAGUUCACACAUCUCGCCCCGCUGCCCCUUAAAACUAGACAAGGAUUUGUUGGACUAUGAGGUGGACAGUGAUGAAGAAUGGGAGGAAGAGGAACCAGGAGAAUCCCUGUCACACAGUGAAGGGGAAGAUGAGGAGGAAGGAGGUGAAGAUGACGAUGAUGAUGACGGCUUCUUUGUUCCUCACGGCUACCUUUCAGAUGAUGAGGGAGCUCCAGAGGAAGAGGAGGGCGGCGAUCCAGAGAAGCAGAAACUACGUCAGCGAGUGAAGGCGAAGGAGUGGGAUGAGCUGAUGUCCAACAAGAAGAAGAUGAAGGUGCUGGAUCCGGUGGUGAGGGGCUGCGUCUGGGAGGGAGAAGGACCUGCGAUGACACUCUUCCAGCCUUAUGAGAUGUGUCUGGUCGAGCCUUUACCCAAGGCAGACAGCAGCCCGAGCCCAGACGAGCUCUCAGAGAAGCGUCAGAGAGAAGCACAGUUACUCGGUCAGCUGCUGCCUCUGUUGCAUGGCAACAUCAACAGCUGCAAAGUGAUCAUCAAUGAAUUUCUGGAGUUUUGUCGUCAGCAGACCUCUUCCUCCUCCUCGUCAUCGCCACCUCCUGAACUGUCCAGCCCUCAGAGCCCCGCAGAAAAUAUCCCCACCAGAAUACAGUUAAGGCGCCUCAUCAAGAGCAAUGCUGUUUAUGAGAAGCGCUCCACCUACAGACGCUGCUGCUGGUACGUGCACACAGACGUCCUGUCCCGCUUUGCGCAGGAGGCUCUUCCUGUGCCGUGCCAGUGGACCUACCUCACUACAGGAGCUCGAGAAGAGUCCCGUGAAGAACCCCAGGCAGCCACCGGCUCUCAGGGAAACUCUCCCACUACACCACAAACCUCCUCCACCACGUCUUCGUCCUCCAACAAAAGAAAGAGCACAGGCAGCAUGUCAAUCACAAAGUUCAUGAAGAGGUGUACUGACCCCGGGCAGACGGAAGCAAUGGAGGCCGACGGUUUUCAAGCUGACACCGAGGAUGACGACGAGGAUGACUGUGUCCUCAUCUCCACACAGACUGCUCCAACCAGCAAGAACUCCUCCAGCGAGGGAGACUGUCUGAUGGAAGUCACUCCCUCCGACACAGCUGCUCUCCCCGUGGCCAGCGCUGCUCCUACACUCGCCACUGCCUGAGGACAGGAGAGGCCGGCUCCUCUAACCAAGCUACCCCGCUUCCCUCAUAAAUGUCUCCCUCCUGGUUAUAAACUGCAUCUGGGACAGAAUCAAGUCUUCAAGCAAGAUGAGGCAGCACACAGGUACAAGCAGGUGGCUUCUGCUCAUAAUUAUGAGUUUGUUUUCACUUUUUUUUUUUUUUAAGGAGUCAGGAGUCAUCUGGUCUGUGAAAUGUGCAUAAAAUCAGGAGUGUCUGACUUGAUUUUGGGGGGGCAGUUUUGUCCAAUGCUCAUUAACUGUGUGUCUGAUUGAUUUUUGCAUUGACGUUUCAGUCAGACAGGGUUGGCACGGGCCUCUUUAAAGUCUCUCUGGCACUGCUUUAGCUACAGCAGAUUGGGUUGAACAGAGAGAGGAAAAGCAGAACAGAUAUGUCCAAUUUUUGUGAGAAGAAGCUUCCAAAACAUCAAAAACAGCAUUAUUUACAGUUUUUGAAAUAUUGACUUCAUGAUGUUAUUGGACAUCUUCUAGUCUGUGUGUGUGUGUGUGUGUGUAUAUAUAUAGUUUACCAGAAAUAAGGGUUGGGAAAUGAGAGGCUGAAAGUCCAUCUGUCAUUUCCCUUCAAUUCAAUGGGGUGCAUUUAUUCUGCAAUUUCUAACUCUGACAGCUCACUGGAGUAGUUGCUAGAUCUGUACUUGUACAGUUAGGUCCAAUGUCACAGUGUUUUAUAAAUAUGUAUUUUCUGUAUUUUUUCAAGAAUACUUGAACAAGAUAAAUUCAUUAAACA